UCCCCUUCUCUGCACAUUGCUGAACGUUAGUGCAUGCAUCCAUUCCUGAGCAGCAGAGGUUUUCAUUCGAUCCUGGCCGCUAUACCUGAAGAGCGCGACAUAAGAGGGACCUGGCAAUGAUCUCACUGGACUUCAAUUUUAAUGUUUUGACAAGGGACCUGUCACUUUAUCUGGAAAAUCAAGUGAAAGUUGGGCUUUUUGGAUCUGGAGUACUGUCACUGGUGCUCGGCUUCAGCGCAGCUUAUGCCUACUACUACUUGAUCUCUGUCGCGAAGAAGCCCCAACUGAUUUCUGGUGGAAAGAAGUUCUACCAGUUCCUGCGGGACCAAUGUCCCGUGGUGUCAGAGAUCUACUACCCCACCUUCUGGUGCUGGGAGAGCCGGAUCCAGACGGUGCUUAGGCCCUUCGUCACGGCUAAACCGGGUGUCAGCUACAGAAAUGAGCUCAUUAGAGCAGAAGAUGGAGGACAGAUCUCUCUGGAUUGGUUCGACAACGAUGACAGCGCCUCCCACCCCAACGCGGCCACACGGCCCACCGUCCUGCUGCUUCCAGGCCUGACCGGUACCAGCAGAGAGUCCUACAUCCUCCACAUGGUGCAGCAGAGCAGGGAUCUGGGUUAUAGGUGUGCGGUAUUCAACAACAGAGGGGUGUCUGGUGAAACUCUCUUGACUCCCAGAACAUACUGUGCUGCCAACACAGAGGACCUGGAGGCGGUCAUCGAACACAUCCAGAGGACAAAUGAGGACGCCCCUCUCAUGGCUGCUGGGGUCUCCAUGGGCGGGAUGAUGCUGGCGAACUACCUGGGGAGGAAGGGCAGAGAGACGUGUCUGAAAGGUGUGGUUGUGUUCUCGGCAGGGUGGGAUGUGUUUGAGUGCACAGCGUCAUUGGAGAAGCCUCUGGACCGCUUUCUCUUCAACUCCUAUCUCACCAGCUGCCUGCAGGCGGGCGUGGACAGACACAAAUCUGUGCUUGAGAAGAGUUACGACAUUGAUCAUGUGAUGAAGGCCAAGACCCUCCGUGAGUUUGAUGAGAGGUUCACGUCUAUAAUGUUUGGCUACCCCACCAAUGAUGACUACUACCAUGAUGCCAGUCCCAUCCACAGGCUCAAGUCUGUGCAGGUGCCCAUGUUGUGUCUAAACGCUGCAGACGACGUCUUCUCUCCCAGUCAUGCCAUUCCAGUGGAGGCGGUGAAGCAGAACCCUAACCUAGCACUCCUCAUCACCUGCCACGGUGGCCAUAUUGGUUUCCUGGAGGGCCUGUGGCCCCGACAGAGCACCUACAUGGACCGCGUGUUUAAGCAGUUUGCCAAGGCCGUCAUAGAACAGGGUGGCGACCUCAAUGACCUUUCCAGCUAGUACGACAUUCCUUUUCUCCCUCUCUCUCUUUCUUUAAUUUCUUUCCUCCUCCCCCAGUCCUUCUCCCUCCCUCUCUCACUACAAGCAAAAAAAGCAUUAUUUAUUUUGAAGGGCACAUCCUGUCACAUCACAGCAGUCGUCCGUCAACUCAUGUAUUCCUUCAUACAUUCAUUAAUUCAAUGUAUGUAGCCAUGAAUUCAUAUCAUACUUAUUUUAAAAAAGAUGAGUAUGUUCACAUUAGUAUCUUCAAAUUUGAAAAAUUUCAGCUGUCUUUCUACAUUCGUCAGUGUUCUCAACAAAAACUCUGUAUCAAUAGGAUUUUAGUCCUCAGGGAUUUUAUUUCUUUUUUACAUAGUGUCUGUCUGUCUGUCUGUUUUGAAUGUGAAUAGUUUGUUAAAGAAUGUUUAGUCCAUUCUACAACAACAAAAUACUUAACCUAAUCUCUCGUGACAGACAGCUAGCUGCUAUAGUAGCGUGAGAUUUAGUUCUGGGUUCUGAGGUGAUACCUUUAAUUUACCUCAACAGAUCACAGUAUUUAUGUUCUCUUGAAUUGUUCUGCAUGCACUUUCAUUCACACAUUCUACCUGUACACACACAAAAUAGCUCUAACAAUGUAAUGUUAUGGAGAUAACUCAUUAUUAGAUAUAAGGAAUGUGAAUUUGCACUAUUUUAGUUUGAACAAGCCAUGCCUCUAAUUCCUUCCUGCAAACGCACUUGAUUUCAAUAGUUUUCAUAUGUAAAUAAGUAUACCCAAAAGGCCUAAUAAAUUAAUAUGCAAAUACCACAUGGAUGUUAUUGUUUGUCCUGAUGUUGAGGACACAGCUAAGUAUUAGUUACUUUGUGGGCCAGUAUUACAGUAUUUUACCGUACUUGUAGGGUAUUUGCUGAGCAUAUCAACCUGAUGCAUAUAUCAUCAAUUCAGCUGGGUUGCCAGUUUGGUUCUGCUUAAUCAAAACAAUGAUAAAGGAGUUAGCAAAAGUAGCACCAAAUUUGGCAACUAGGUCAUCAUCUGUGCAGAUGGGUUGCCAGUUUGGUUCUGUUUCAUAUAACAAUGGUAAAGGAGUUGGUUACCAUAAAGGAGUAAGCAAAGUUGCACCAAAUCUGACAACUAGGCUAUCUAUAAAGAAGUAGCAAAAGUUACACCAGAUCUGGCAACCCGGCUAUUAUGAAUGCAGCUGGGUUGCCUGUUUGGUUCUACUUCAGCAAACAAUGAUAAAGCACUUGUUUACAUCAAAGGAGUUAGCAAAAGUAGCACCAGAUAUGGCAACCGGACUGUCACUGCUUCAGACAUUGCCUGUGUACAAAAUGGCACCCUAUUCAAUAUAUAGUGCACUACCUUUGGCCAGAACCUCAUGGACCCUGGGCAAAAGUAAUGUAGGGAAUGGGGUCUCAUUUCAUAUGCACCUAUGACUUUGUUCCUGUGGAAUUUGUAUGUUUCUCUAUUUUGCCCCAUGGCCAUUAAGUAGCAUGUGUCUCAUCGUUAUGACGUCAUCCCGUUCUGAAAUUUAUGACUAAUACCAACACUACAUCGUAAUCAGUAGCACAAAGGCCAUGUUUUGUUUGUCAUUAUAUAUACAGUAUAUAUAUAUAUAUAUAUACAAUAUUAUGUUUAAUUUUAUAUACAAAACAAUCAAUUCUAUUUACAUUCGCAGCAAAAAGAUAUGCACGUAUUAGUAUGAAGUGUAUUAUGCUGCAUUUAAUAAAUUAUUAAAAUGGAACCUUG